UCUUGAUGGAAAUUUGAUGUGCGGUUGGCUGGCUUUGAUGUAGAUUUUAUUAUGUCUUUGUCUGACCUGCAAUCCCAUUUUGACAUAUGCUCAAUUCUUGCACGCGCGUUUAAUCGAUGCCAUUCAAUUCCAUUCCGAGGACGGUGAUGCACUGAAGAAACAAUCCAUCUGUUUCUGUCUCAGGAUAGUGAAGAAGAAAUGGAGGUAUUGCAGUUGCACAGCUUGCGGCCAUGGCUGUCGCCUCCCACACUGAAUUCAUCGUCAUCGUCAUCUUCAUCUUCAUCUUCUAAGAGGAAGUCAAGGCGAUACCGGAGCCGGUGCAUCCCCUGUUCGGCUUUGUUUGCUGAAACUUCAUUCCUAAAUAGCAUUCGAAAGCAAUUCAUUCAGGAAAAAUGGACAAUAAAUUGGAAGAAUUUAAACCCUGCAAUGAAGCUUCCUGUUUCUAGAAGAUCAUGUACAUAUUCCUUGAAGACGGAUUCAAAGAAGAGUUCUCAGAACUUUCAGGUUUGGAAAAAAAGGCUCUUGAUGGCAUCCUUCUUAUCUCUUAUCCUCAUCAAAAUGAUGAAUUUGUAUAGCAACACCACGAUGAUGGAAGUGGUUCGAGAAUCAUUGUGUUGUGCAGCUCAACGAUUUGCUGCUUCAAGUUCGCCUUUCGCUUGCAUGUCUAAUUCUUUAAGUAAACCAACCCCUCUUCAAUUGCAUGUCUCCCUACCUUCCCUUCAAGAUAUCAAAUGGAAUCUUGCUCGACUAGCUUAUUUAUUCAAUAUACAACUCGAGAGGAAUGUGGCAACGUUCUUUAUAGUGCUUCUUGUGGCAUGCAUCACAUUUGUCAUUAUUGGUGGCUUCCUCUUCUUUAAACUCAGGGGAAGCACUCAACCUCUCGAGGAUUGCUUUUGGGACGCGUGGGCGUGCCUCUGCUCGUCAUCCACUCAUUUGAAACAAAAAACUCGAAUCGAGCGUGUCCUUGGCUUUGUCCUUGCAAUAUGGGGCAUACUGUUCUAUUCCCGGCUGCUGAGCACCAUGACCGAACAAUUCAGAAAUAACAUGUACAAACUCAGAGAAGGUGCACAGAUGCAAGUUCUGGAGUCGGAUCAUAUCAUUAUAUGUGGAAUUAAUAAUCGUUUGAGCUUCAUAUUAAAGCAGCUGAACAAAUACCAUGAAUUUGCCAUUCGGUUGGGAACUGCUACAGCUCGGAGACAGAGAAUUCUUCUUUUAUCCGAUCUUCCGAGGAAGCAGAUGGACAAAGUGGCAGAGAGUAUAGCCAAAGAUUUAAAGCACAUUGAUGUUCUUUCGAAAAGUUGUAGCCUGAGUUUAACCAAGUCAUUUGAAAGAGCUGCAGCCAAUAAGGCACGUGCAAUAAUCAUAUUACCAACGAAGGGAGAUCAGUAUGAAGUUGACACGGAUGCAUUUCUAUCUGUACUUGCGCUUCAACCACUUGACAUGGCCUCGGUGCCUACUAUAGUCGAGGUUUCAAAUCCGACCACAAGUGAUCUUUUGAAGUCGAUCUCAGGUUUGAAAGUAGAGCCUGUGGAAAAUGUGGUGUCAAAGCUAUUUGUUCAAUGCUCUCGACAAAAAGGACUCAUCAAAAUAUACAAGCAUUUGCUCAAUUACCAGAAAAAUGUAUUCAAUUUAUGCAAUUUUCCUAAUUUAGCGGGACUAAACUACAGGCAAUUGAGACGGGGAUUUCAAGAGGCUGUAGUUUGCGGUCUCUAUAGAGAUGGAAAGAUUUAUUUCCACCCGAAUGACGAUGAGGUCUUGAAAGAAACUGACAAAAUUUUGUUCAUUGCAGCAGUGCAUGGUAAGAAGAAACUACAGCUUUCAUCUCCAGAUGAUGCUAAAGAAGCUGAUCCCUCGAUCAAUAACCCCGAGACCCUUAAACAAAACAGUGAAUUUUUUCAUCGUAAAUUGAAUUCUACAAGCAACCGUUUGAAUAACAUUGUAAAAAGACCAAAGAAAUCUGACUCAAAGUUGAUGCAGACAUCAGAUUCGUCCCAUGGCCCAAAAGAAUGUAUAUUAUUGCUCGGUUGGCGACCAGAUGUCGUUGAAAUGAUUGAGGAAUACAACAAUUAUCUUGGCCCUGGCAGCAUGCUGGAAAUUUUGUCUGACGUUCCUUUGGACGAUAGAAAUAAAGCAUGGAAGCUUACUAGACAAGGAAAGCUAAAAAAUGUUCGAGUUCAACAUAAGGUUGGAAACCCGAUGGAUUAUGAUACCUUAGAGCAUUCCAUCGACAACAUACGAAAAUCCUUGAAGAAAGACGAUCUUACAUUUUCUAUAGCUGUAGUGUCAGAUAGAGAGUGGCAAGUCGGAGAUCCAUCGAGAGCAGACAAGAACUCUGCAUAUUCUCUACUGCUGGCUGAAACUAUUUGUAAUAAACUUGGAGUACAGGUACACAACCUAGUGGCAGAAAUUGUCGAUUCCAAAUUGGGGAAACAAAUCACGCGAACGAGGCCAUCCCACACAUACAUUGCAGCUGAGGAAGUGAUGAGCCUUGUAAUGGCACAAGUGGCUGAAAAUAGCGCACUUAACGAGGUUUGGAAAGACAUUCUCAACGCUGAGGGCGACGAGAUAUACAUAAAGGAUGUAGAUCUUUAUAUGAAAGAUGGUGAAAAUCCUUCAUUCAAUGAACUAUCGGAGCGAGCACAUCUUCGUGGAGAAGUUGCCAUUGGUUAUGUUCGUAACAACAAAAAGGUUAUUAACCCGACUCCAAAAUCCGACCCAUUGAUGCUUGAACGCUCCGACUCAUUGAUCGUAAUUUCCGAGCUCGAGGGAGAGCAACCGAUAGUUAAGUAGAAUAUUUCAAAUUAUAGUUUAUAUAUAUAUAUAUAUAUAUUAAAAUUUGUAAGAAUAUUAAAAUUACUGAAAUUGAAUGUACUGCUUCCAUUCCGAUGAUUCUUUAUUAGAAGAUGAUACAUUUAGGGUGUGUUUGUUCGGAGGUUUGGAUUUUGGAUUUUGAGUUGAGAUUUGAAUAGUAAAAAUUUUGAAUUGUAA